GCGGCCGCCAUUACAGAGAUCGAGCUCUGGGACUAGAGCGAGCCGAGGAGGGCAGCGGCCGGUGGCCGAGCACUGCGGGGGGAGCCAGUGGGCCAGCGCUAGCGCCGAGCAGCCGCCAGCAACCACUCAAGUACCCCGGGACCCGGCGGCGGCGUGUGCGUGUGGCCCGUGUGCGGGCGGCGGCGCGGGAAUAGCGCGGAGCGGCAGCCGGUUCGGGUGGGUGGCAUCAUGGACGAGAAGGUGUUCACCAAGGAGCUGGACCAGUGGAUCGAGCAGCUGAACGAGUGCAAGCAGCUGUCCGAGUCCCAGGUCAAGAGCCUCUGCGAGAAGGCUAAAGAAAUCCUGACAAAGGAAUCCAACGUGCAAGAAGUUCGAUGUCCAGUCACCGUCUGUGGAGAUGUGCAUGGGCAAUUUCAUGAUCUCAUGGAACUGUUUAGAAUUGGUGGCAAAUCACCAGAUACAAAUUACUUGUUUAUGGGAGAUUAUGUUGACAGAGGAUAUUAUUCAGUUGAAACAGUUACACUGCUUGUAGCUCUUAAGGUUCGUUACCGUGAACGCAUCACCAUUCUUCGAGGAAAUCAUGAGAGCAGACAGAUCACACAAGUGUAUGGUUUCUAUGAUGAGUGUUUAAGGAAAUAUGGAAAUGCAAAUGUUUGGAAAUAUUUUACAGAUCUUUUUGACUAUCUUCCUCUCACUGCCUUGGUGGAUGGGCAGAUCUUCUGUCUACAUGGUGGCCUCUCACCAUCCAUAGAUACACUGGAUCACAUCAGAGCACUUGAUCGCCUACAAGAAGUUCCCCAUGAGGGUCCAAUGUGUGACUUGCUGUGGUCAGAUCCAGAUGACCGUGGCGGAUGGGGUAUAUCUCCUCGAGGAGCUGGUUACACCUUUGGGCAAGAUAUUUCUGAGACAUUUAAUCAUGCCAAUGGCCUCACGUUGGUGUCUAGAGCUCACCAGCUGGUGAUGGAGGGAUAUAACUGGUGCCAUGACCGGAAUGUAGUAACAAUUUUCAGUGCUCCAAACUAUUGUUAUCGCUGUGGUAACCAAGCUGCAAUCAUGGAACUUGAUGAUACUCUAAAAUACUCUUUCUUGCAGUUUGACCCAGCACCUCGCAGAGGCGAGCCACAUGUUACUCGUCGUACCCCAGACUACUUCCUGUAAUGAAAUUUUAAACUUGUACAGUAUUGCCAUGAACCAUAUAUUGACCUAAUGGAAAUGGGAAGAGCAACAGUAACUCCAGAGUGUCAGAGAAUAGUUAACAUUCAAAAAACUUGUUUUCACACGGACCAAAAGAUGUGCCAUAUAAAAAUACAAAGCCUCUUGUCAUCAACAGCCGUGACCACUUUAGAAUGAACCAGUUCAUUGCAUGCUGAAGCGACAUUGUUGGUCAAGAAACCAGUUUCUGGCAUAGCGCUAUUUGUAGUUACUUUUGCUUUCUCUGAGAGACUGCAGAUAAUAAGAUGUAAACAUUAACACCUCGUGAAUACAAUUUAACUUCCAUUUAGCUAUAGCUUUACUCAGCAUGACUGUAGAUAAGGAUAGCAGCAAACAAUCAUUGGAGCUUAAUGAACAUUUUUAAAAAUAAGUACCAAGGCCUCCCCUCUACUUGUGAGUUUGAAAUCGUUUUGUUUAUUUUCAGGGAUACCGUUUAAUUUAAUUGUAUGAUUUGUCUGCACUCAGUUUAUUUCCCUUCUCAAUCUCAGCCUCAUGUUGUUCUUUGUUGUCAGAACCUGGUGAGUUGUUUUGAACAGAACUGUUUUUUUUUUCCCUCCUGUAAGACGAUGUUACUGCACAAGAGCAUUGCAGUGUUUUUCAUAAUAAACUUGUGAACUAA